AUGUCUUCCCAUUCAAUACCCCAAAGAAAUUACAAAUCUCUAUGUUUACCAAAUCUGAAAAAUGGAAAGCAAAAGUACAUCCAAGAUCCAAUCCAGAGAACUGCAGGAACCUUAAGCGGUGAAUACCGAAUCAAUUACUUAGGACUAGUGCGUUGUGUUUCUAUGCCUAAUAAAAUUGUAUUUAAUUUGUACCUAAGCAAAAACUCUGCUAAUACCACAGAAAUCAAAGGAAAUAUAACAAAUUACGUUCCAUUUGAUGAUUCUUUAAAUUUAGAACUCAAUAUGGCAGUAAAAGAUUCCAUUGGCGGUUGGAAAGAGAAUGCUUUUAUAUAUAAAAAAUCCAAAGGUUGCUCGUCACUCAAAAUAUUAUUGGGUGAUACUUGGUCUAAAAUAAUGGAAGGUGGAGGGGCCUACAACGCAACAUGUCCUCUUCCCUUGGGUUUUUAUAAUGUCAGUGGAGUAGAUACUAGUAUUUUCGCAUUAGCGAAUUUUCCCAAAACAUUUUUCUAUGGAAGAUAAAGAGGACAUGGGAAACUAUUUGAACAUUCAAUUAUCAUUAAACGAUAAUAACAUACUUUAAUAUUAUCCAUAUUUAUGCACAUGAAUGCC